UGCUCGACCCGCCAUUCUCUCGCCUCUCUCCCCAGCUCUGGGACAAUAUUGUCGACCACUGCGCCAAACUCACUGCCUGGUGGAUCCACAUUGCCAAUCUGGCGCUCGCAGAUCGUGCAUUCACAGCCAGAUGUCGCACCCACACCUUCAAAGAGCUCACAAUUCGCGACGCAUGCCAGUCAGAUGAAGACUUCGAGAAAAUUGUUAAGAAGAAAUGGAGGGUAUUGGACAACGACCCGUCCUUGGUGCGGCUGGUCCAGACCAUCAACAUCAGCGUAUGCACGAACGAACGCACUUCGUUGCUCAGCUCAGACAGUCUUAUGGAGGUGUUCAAGAUUCUAGGAGAGACUCCAAUAGAGCGGAAAGUCCGAUUUGAGUGGGCCGCAGGUCGAGAGAACCUCGUCGAUCCUGAAGGACUCGUAAAAUCUUUGUCGUCCCUAUCCUCAAGUCUAACGGUACUUCAUCUUCGUGGAUGGUCGAAUAUACCUCUCGAGGUAUUUCGCGUCUGUUCAAACUUGAGGAAUUUAAUCCUCGAAGAGGUCACCCCUGCUGAUGACCCAGGAAGUUCUCAACGUGAUAGCGCGGCAGAAAUGGGGAAGCUCGAACGACUGGAAUACCGUGAAGGCCAUGAAGUCAUCAAAUUGCUCUCAUCACCCGAAAGCGGCCGUCUCGUCGACUUGUCCAACCUCAGGAUUCUGAAAGCCAGCCCACACGAGCCCGAAGACAUGAAGUGCUUUCAACCCAUCCUGGACAUGGCGUCAGAGACUCUGGAGGAGCUGUAUCUCACGAAUUUCUCCAUCUGCGGGAAGCAGAUGCCCCUUCAAAAACUCGUCGAUUUGAAAUCAGUGAAGAAGCUUCGCAAGAUUGGAAUGUUUCCGCUCAUCGACUGCAAAACAAAGAAAACCACGAUCCUAAGUGAUCUGUGCACCGUCUUGAACACGAUUCCACUUUCCAACGCCAUCCAUACCGUCAUAUUAGAAGUUGGCAUCAUCGGGAAACAACCUUUCAAAGUGUGCCUGGACCAGGAUUGGGACAGGCUGUGCCAGCAGCUCAUUCGUAUUUCAGCGGGCAAAGCUCUGAAGUUCUCAUUUUUCACUAGCGUCUACGUGGAUGGAUUUGACUCUGUAAAGCCUGGAUCAGCGCGGCUCUACGAAAAGAUCGACGAGAAGAUACGACAUGCUCUCGCCGAUCAUCCCCAAAUCAACUUCUUGCCGCUCAAUAGCAUUUCGCAGUGGGAGCCAUUGUAGA